AACUUUUAGCAUGCAUUACUUUCCCAUCACAUCCACUUCGGUGAACUACGAAUGACACGUGGCUCAACCUAAGGAGUUUGUGAUAGUGUAUUAUCACAGACACCCUUCAUGCUAUCUCAUAUUAUAUGGCCAAGUCAACUGGUAAUACAUAAAAAGGAAAACUGAUAUAAACAGCUCUGUCAUUCUUCUUAUAUAUAUUCAUGAAAGCCUAUUUUGGUGGUUAGAACAUAGGAGAAGCAGAAGCAGAAGGAAGUGGGACAAAACAUGGGUAGAAAACUGGAUGCUUUGCUUGGCAGGGACUCGAAGACCAAAAUCAAAGCCCUUGCUAAGCUUGCCAUUUCCAGGGUUGCUAUCCUCAAGAACCAACGCCAAGUCCGGUGCUCUCAUGCCCGUUCUGAUGUCAAAGAACUCCUACAACUUGGUCACCAACAACGCGCUCUCCUUCGUGUUGAGCAUGUGAUAAAGGAGCAGAACAUGUUUGAUGUGUUUGUUAUGAUAGACUAUUACUGCAACCUCCUUCUAGAAAGAGUCAAGCUCAUCCAAAAGCACAAAGAUUGUGCUGAUGAAUUGAAAGAGACAACAUCAAGUUUGAUCUUUGCAGCUUCAAGGUGUGGAGAACUCCCAGAGCUUCAAGAGAUUCGUGGGAUUUUCACGUCAGUAUUUGGUAAGGAACUUGUUGCUCGUGCAGUUGAAUCACGAAACAAUUGUGGAGUAAAUCCUAAGAUGAUACAAAGGCUUUCAACAAGACAGCCAAGUUUGGAAAGUAGAUUGAAAGUCUUAAAGGAAAUCGCUUUUGAAUCUGAUAUCACUCUACAGUUAGAAGAAGAUACACCGACGACUGCCAAAGAAAAUCAGGAGAAGUUAGAUGUGGCCAAGAAUCAGAAGAAGAAGGACCAAACGCCUGUUACAUCUUCUAAUUUCAAUGAACCUGAGCUCGAUAAUGAAACCUCUAAUUUGCCUGAGAACAUAAAGCAGCAGGACAAAUUCUCUGAAUCAAUGAAAGGAAAGAAAAAGUACCAAGAUGUAGCAGCUGCAGCUCAAGAGGCGUUCAUAUCAGCAGCACAUGCAGCAGCAGCUGCAAGAGCUGCUGUCGAGCUCUCAACAUCCAAUUCCCAGGACCGAGAUGAUCAAAAUGGUUCUGAUCAUCAAGGAGGAACCAUAUCAGAAUUUGAUAAUUCUGGAAAAGCUCAAAUUCAAAUGGACACUUUUAAAGCUUCUAUGGAGACAGAUCACUGGGGUAGUAAACUCGGUUUUGAUAAGAUCCAUCUUGAUCCUAUCGACAAUCUCAGCAGAUCAGAAGGUGAAGACAUGAUAAAUAACAACUACAAAACGCAUCUCCAAAAGGUGGCAGAGAACAAAAUAAAACAAGAGAUAGAUAAGAAACUAUAUGCUUUAAGUUUGGGUUUAAACAAUCCCACCAACAUAUCCAGAGAGAGAAAAAUAGUUUCCCACAAUGAGCCGUCGAACAAUAGUAAAAUGGUGUUUAAAGGAAAUGUUGAUGGUCUCUCGGAUGUGGAUAUUAUUAGGCUUCCAUACCAAUCUCCAAGGUGGAUCUCACAAAAAUCUCAAGCUGAUUCCAAUUAAAGGAAAACCUUCACUGGAAAGACGGGAAGCUGGUAUCAGUGAGGAGUACAUGAGUCUAUGUUAGAGAAGAAAAAGCUUUUCUUCCUAACAUAUGAAAAGCUUUUCUUCCUAACAUUUACUAUAGUUUCAAGGAUUAUGGUUUUGAUUUCUUUAUUUCUUUACACAUAAAUUUUUGACACACAAACUUCAGUAUUUAGAUUUAGUAUUCGAAAUCUAUUGUAUUAGAUUUAUUCUUGGCACCAUCUAUAUAAGGUUCACUUUUAUUGAAC